AUGGCGAGCGCGGGCGGCCCGGACGCGCCGGGGGCCGGGGAGGACCGGCCGCAGUGGGACAACAAGCUGCAGUACUUCCUGAGCUGCCUGGGCUUCGCCGUGGGGCUGGGCAACAUCUGGCGGUUCCCGUACCUGUGCCAGAGCCAUGGCGGGGGCGCCUUCCUCAUCCCCUACUUCAUCGCCCUGGUCCUCGAGGGGAUCCCCAUCUUCCACCUGGAGCUCGCCAUCGGCCAGCGCCUGCGCAGGGGCAGCGUCGGCGCGUGGACGGCCAUCUCGCCCUACCUGGGCGGCGUGGGCCUGGGCUGCUUCACGGUGUCCCUCCUGGUCAGCCUCUACUACAACACGGUGCUGACCUGGGUGCUCUGGUACUUCCUGAACUCCUUCCAGCACCCGCUGCCCUGGGGCUCCUGCCCGCCGGACGGCAACCGCACAGGCCUAGAGGACGAGUGUGGCCGCAGCAGCGCCGUCAGCUACUUCUGGUACCGGCGGACCCUGAACAUCUCGGCCGACAUUGCGGACAGCGGCUCCGUGCAGUGGCGGCUGCUGGUUUGCCUGGCGGCCAGCUGGGCGCUGCUGUACCUGUGCAUCAUCAGGGGCAUCGAGUCCAGCGGGAAGGCGAUUUACUUCACGGCCUUGUUCCCUUACCUGGUGCUGACCGUCUUCCUCGUGCGGGGCCUCACCCUGCCCGGGGCCACAGAGGGCUUGAUCUACCUGUUCACCCCCAAUGUAAACCCUCCAGAACCCCGGGUGUGGCUGGACGCGGCCACACAGAUCUUCUUCUCCCUGUCCCUGGCCUUCGGCGGACACAUCGCGUUUGCAAGUUACAACCCACCCAGGAACGACUGUGAGAAGGACGCGGUCAGCAUUGCCCUGGUGAACAGCAUGACCUCCCUGUACGCGUCCAUCGCCAUCUUCUCGGUCCUGGGGUUCAAGGCGGCCAAUGACCUCGGGCGCUGCCUGGAUGGGAACAUCCUCGUCCUGCUCGACGCCUUCGACCUCGCGGACCAGAGCAUCUCCAGGGAGGGCUACGCCGCCGCCCUCGCCCACCUGAACGCCUCCUGGCCGGGCAGGGUGGCCAGGCUGCCCCUGCAGACCUGCCGCCUGCGCGACUUUCUGGACAAGAGCGCCUCGGGCACCGGCCUGGCCUUCAUCGUCUUCACCGAGGCCAUCCUGCACAUGCCCGGCGCGCCCGGCUGGGCCGUGCUCUUCUUCGCGAUGCUCUUCACGCUGGGGCUGUCGUCCAUGUUCGGGAACAUGGAGGGGGUCAUCACGCCGCUGCUGGACUUGGGCGUCCUGCCCAAAUCGGUCCCCAAGGAGGUCCUGACAGGGGCGGCCUGCCUGCUCUGCUUCCUCUCGGCCACCUGCUUCACGCUGCAGUCAGGGAACUACUGGCUGGAGAUCUUCGACAGCUACGCGGCGCCCCCGAACCUCAUCAUUUUCGCCUGCUUCGAGGUGGUCGGCGUCGUUUAUGUUUACGGGAUGAAGCGGUUCUGUGACGACGUGGCCUGGAUGACCGGGAGGAAGCCUGGGCUCUACUGGCAACUGACCUGGAAGGCCAUCAGCCCCCUGCUGCUGCUGACCAUCCUUGUGGCCUAUGUGGUGCUUCUGGCCCGGACGCCACCAGGCUACAGCGCCUGGAACCCCCAAUAUGAGUGGUUCCCCGCGCGGCAGCCGAAGGCCUACCCGGGCUGGGUGCAGGCGGUCUGCAUACUCCUGUCCUUCCUGCCCAUGUUGUGGGUCCCCGGGGUGGCCCUGGCCCAGUGGCUCGCCCGGCGUGGACGGCGGCCCAGGGACGCGCAGCAGGACGACCACUGA